CGGCGGUACAUGAACGGUCAUAUUAAAAUCAGCAAUGUGUCCUUUGUUUUCAUUUAAAAGAACGUAAAUUGUUUCAACAAAUUCCCGAGUAAUUAAUAGUUGUUGAUGCGCUCCGAUGUCAACCACAAAUUACAAGGGUUCCCCGGUUAAGGGCAAACAGUGCUUUGAAGCAAGAGAACUAGAAGUUCAAUCUGUUUCUACUAACGUUAACCAGAAAAAUCUUGAUUCUAAUGACGAUACCGAAGUAUUUCAAGUAGAUAGUGUAUUAAAUAGAACUAUAGGUACGGCAAAGAGGUCCAAGAAACCAAUGAAACGGCCUCUUCCGGAGGAAGCUUCUCUCCAGAAACUGAACUGGAAACGAAACCUUCGAGUCCUGAUCUCGAACCUGUACAUGAAGAGCGAGGAUCGUCUGCCAGGAGCAUGUGUCCCCAAAUGUCUUCAUAAUACCAGUCUGUGCACUGAUAAGCAUCGUUGCUCCAAUCUUCCUGAUGCCCCUAACUUUACAGCCGUGCAGGCCUUACGGACCACGCUGCAUGGCCAGCACUAUGAUACCUUCUUGGACAUCCUUGAGAUGAUGGCGCUACAAGGCGUCUACCCGGGCGAAGGAGUCUUUGACCGGCUUAUAGAUAUGACCAUGAUUCUAAUUGCUAAGGAAAUAAGCGUCAAGGAGCUGGGCGACACGUACAACAAGCUUAUACGCACCUUUUUCCUUCUGGUGGACGCGUUUCCACCCUGCUGGACCGCACUGCGACCGUACUAUUUAAAUUUCCUGGGCGUCAAGAACACCGUCGAGCGUGAAAGGCGUUCCGCCGAAUCCCCUCAAAAGCUGAAGUUUUAUCUGGAUCUUCUAGAAGAGAAUCUCACCCAGUGCAGUGAUGAGGAGAUCCGCGAAAAUACAAAGUUUUACGAAAAGUUCGUCUUCAAUUUUUCGGAGGAGGAAGAUGCUAAUAUGUCGCAGGAGACCGUCUUUUUGCGUCAUGUUCAGCAAUACGACUGGAUAAGUGGCAAGCUCUGCCUUGACGACUAUAAGAGAAUGUCACCCGCAGUCCGUCUGGCACGGCUUUGUGAUGUUCUAAAUAUGCUUACAUGGGUUUUAGAAAUGGAGUUCCUCUCUUGGCUGGAUCAUAACAGGCUAAGGCAGUCGGAGAUCUUUCAGGAGGAUUUCGAGCCAUUUGCAUCUAAAGUAUUCGGAAUGUCUGCUAAAACGCGGCUUACUGAUAUUGUUAAGCAAAUCAUGAAGCUUUAUGGACAGGCAGCAGCGAGAUCCAUGUACCCAGAACGCCAGAGAAUUCUACAGCGCCUUAUAUCCCUGAUCAUUGAGUUUAGCAACACGGCCGAGCUAAUAUACGUGGAUAAUGCCGUAAUCUAUCCGAGUCUUGGCCCAAAAACCCGUCUGCUGAUUGAUGACUUCUUUAAGAUCUUCAAAUCACAGAAUCAUAAAAACGUCAAAACUUACUUAAAAACCAUUUCGCAGUUGGAUCUUCCGUACCUUCGCUUCGAGUUCACGGACCACUUUCUGCAGUUGUUCUACUUUCCGAAGAAGCCCUCUUUUGGACCGCAAAAGGUUGUCGAAGAGUUCAAGAUGCGUCAAUGGAUAAAGUACAAACCAAAAAGCGAGAUUAAGGAUGGUAACGACGAACAGUUGUCUCGUGAGGAUUACCUCGCAACACUUCUCACCGCCUUAAAAGACUACGACAAAUGGCUCAACCUCGGCGGCUUCUGGAAGUACCUGCAGUCGAAGGAGCCAGUCCAGCCGUUGACUACGAGAGCCGAUGGAACGCUGUCCACGCCAUUGGUUUCGAACGAAGCGGGAAAGGUGUUCAUCCUUGAAGAAAUGGAGGAAGACGAGCUCACCUGGAAGAAGCGCAUGAAUAGAAAGAUGAUUAUAAGCCGGCCGACGGUGAAUCUACCGGUUGCUAAGAUCAAUGUGGCCAAGGUGUGCGUGCGCUAUGGCGAAGACGUGCGGCAGAUGCGCUUCUUACGGCGAUUCCUGCAAAGCGAAGUCCAAAAUGAGUUGGACGUCUCGAAGUGGUUAACCUAUUUAAAUGGUUUCCUGGGCGAUGUAGAGGAACCAGAUUCUGUAACCACAUCUACAUCUUCCAUGACAAUAUAAGCCUAGAUUUGAAGCUCAAAAGUGUUUUAAGGCUUAUCAUACCAAAAGUUCAAUUAGUUUUUAGUUGUAU